UUUGACGACAAUCGCUAUCAACUCAUCCUCAACCCAGCUUUAUGACUAGCUCACCCGCGCCCGGCCCUCCCUUUGGGACUGGCCCCUUCCCUGCCUGCUCCCUCCCUCCCUGGCUCCCGUCAUAGCUUUCCCUGCUAUAGUUGGCGCUAGAGCAGGGCAGACCGUCUUCCUCCUCCCUAUAUGCAACGCCAUUGUUCUCGACCUAUUUGUGUACACAAUUUCCCACCUUCGAAACCGCGUCCGAGCAAGAACACGGUACGGCACGAUACACAACACACCACAAACACACACCUGCCCUUUGUCCUUCUUUGAGGGGGCUUGCACGUUGUGUCAUGACAACGUCCUGGUGACCGACCACUCAAUACUCACUCGCCCACCGCUGCAUCUCCACCGCCACAAACCGACCGCUACUCCUCGACAAUGUCGUGACCAUACCUACGAUUCUCCAUCCCGAUCACCGACCCCCACUAUCACCGUCCCUAGAUUUCAAAGAACAUCCUAUUGUUUCCUAGACUGCUGGGUGCAACUUUCACCCCGUCCCGCAAAAUGUCGGAUCCUUUCAAAGUCAACACCACUGCCACUGAUGCCUCGACUGCCAAGGAUGUCGCCGGCCAGGGCCUCGAGACAUUCCUCGCCUCCGUGGGCGUCGCUCUUGCUGUCGCGUUUGCGCAGGUCUCCUUGUUCCUUCUCCUGAGGAAUAAGAUCGCAAGAGUAUAUAAGCCAAAGUCGUUCUUGGUGCCCGAGCGAGAGCGGACCGACCCUCCGCCUGUAACGCCAUGGGCGCUCAUCAAGACCAUCAUGACCUUUAGCGACAGAGAGAUCAUCAAGAAAUGUGGCCUGGACGCCUACUUCUUCUUGAGGUACCUCAAGACCCUCCUGGUCAUUUUCAUUCCUCUGGCCUGCGUCAUCCUGCCCAUCCUGUUACCUGUCAACUUCAUAGGCGGCUACGGGAAGAACCUAUGGACCAACGAGACCGACGAGGACCCCGCCAGCAAUACCACUGUCGUCGGGCUCGCCACUCUGUCGUGGGCCAAUGUCAAGCCCGAGAACGCCGACCGUCGCUGGGCGCAUCUUAUGUUGGCAAUCCUGGUUAUUGUUUGGGUCUGUACCGUCAUCUUCUUUGAGAUGAGGGUCUACAUCAAGGUCCGGCAGGACUGGCUGACCAGCGCCGAGCAUCGGCUGAGGGCCUCUGCCAACACCGUGCUCGUCUCGUCUAUCCCGGAGAAGUGGUUGUCUGAAGAGGCAUUGCGGGGACUGUUCGACGUUUUCCCAGGCGGAAUUAGGAACAUCUGGCUGACACGCGACUUUUCCCCGCUCCUUGAGAAGAUAAAAAAGAGAGAACAGAUACAUCUGCAACUCGAAUCUGCAGAGAGCGAUCUGAUCCGUCAGUGCAAGAAGAACCAGCUUAAGAAGCGUGACCAGGAGGAGAAGAAGAGGCGGAGGCAGCUCAGGACGAACAAGCCCACAAAGGCCGAGAGACUGCAAAGGCAAAAGGAAGAGGACGAGCUGGCCAAGCGCAGGGCCGAGACCGAACAAGGAAUUAGCUACGGAGACCACGAGGAAACGCCCCACAAUCCGGAGCAGGUUGCUAAGGAAGGCCCCGAAACUAACGAGCUCGAGCCUCAGAAGAAUGGACAGAUGCUGAACCCCUUCGCCGACAUAGGUGGUGGGAUCCUGAAAGUCGGCCAAGGCUUAAAGGGCGGCGCGAACGCUAUCGGUAGAGCCGGUGCUGGCAUAGUGGGCGGCAUCUCGGCUAUUGGCCAGGGCGUCGAUAACGAGCUAGAAAGAAGCGGCGGUUUCCAUUUCGUUCCUCAGGAGCCCGGACCGUCGGCGAUGGCACAUGCUCGAUCUGAAGACCGCCGCAACUCGCCCACGGACAGACGUGUGCAAAUAUUGGUUGAUGAGCCCAAGCAGUCAUUCGCCACAGAACGCAGCGAUACCCCGUCCGAGCUGUAUGGCAAGCAGUCCAUGCAACAAGAGCUUCAACCCAAGCACUUUGGCAAUACAGUCCGGAAAUUGGAGAAUGUCGAAGAUUUGUACGACCACGAGAAAACACGGUGGUAUCAGUUCUGGAAGCCGCCUUCCGGAGGUUACGCCUCACCAGUCCCUCAAGGCGCUGAGGACAACGAGUACCCAUUUACCGACAAGAGAUCGCUUUGGGCCAAGAUCAAGCAGCACAUCCCGUUCAUGGGCGACGAAGAGGUGAAACAAGAAUACCCUCCGUUUGUCAACCCCGGACAGGAAGAGGACUACAAGGAGAGAGAAGGCGCCGAGUGGGAGAAAUGGAUCAAGCCUAAGGAUCGUCCUCAUCACCGACUCGCCAUCUUCGAAUGGACACCGGGCUGGCUGCCGGGGCUGCCCUUCCUCAACAAGAAAGUCGACACGAUCUAUUGGUGCCGGAAGGAGCUUGCCCGCUGGAACGUGGAAAUCGAGGAAGACCAGAAACACAGCGAGCGUUUCCCCGUCAUGACUUCUGCCUUUAUCCAAUUCAACAACCAAGUGGCAGCUCACAUGGCCUGUCAGAGCGCGAUCCACCAUGUGCCCAAGACCAUGGCCCCAAGGGUGGUCGAAAUUUCACCCGAGGACGUCAUCUGGGACAACAUGGCAAUGAGUUGGUGGAUGCAGUGGUCACGGGUUCUGCUCGCCUGUGCAUUUGUUUUCGCAAUGGUCGUAUUGUGGACGAUUCCUGUUGCGUUCUCCGCAGGUCUUGCUUCCAUCGACGAUCUCAUUGCUCAAUAUGAAUGGUUGAGCUUCCUCAAGGUGAACGAAAAGGUACACGACUUCGUCAAACUGGCGGCAGGUGUUUUGCCACCCGUGAUCCUGGCGAUCCUGCUGGCCCUUGUACCAGUGAUUCUCAAUUUUGUCGCAGAGUUCCAAGGUGUCAAGACUGGCUCGUCAAAGACGGAGUGGGUGCAGACUUAUUACUUCUUCUUCCUCUUUGUACAAGUCUUCCUCGUCGUUAGUAUUUCGUCUUCAGCCAUUAACACAUUUAUUUCGGUUGCCGCACACGUCGAGAGUAUUCCGACAGUCCUCGCCAGGAAUCUACCAGAGUCGUCCAACUACUUCUUCUCGUACUUGGUUCUCCAGGGGGCCUCUGUGAGCUCUGGAACCCUUCUGCAAGUCGCUGGCUUGGCCACGUGGUAUUUCCUCUCCAAGCUUUUCGACAACACCGUCAGGGCGAAAUUCAAGCGCCAGAUCACGUUGCCCGAGGUCAAGUGGGGUUCAUUCUUCCCCGUGUACACCAACUUCGCGUGCAUUGCCAUCAUUUUCUCCGUCAUCGCGCCCCUCAUGACAGUGUUCGCCAUCCUCAACUUCGCCAUGCUUUGGUUCGCCCAUCGGUACAACAUGCUUUAUGUGACCCGCUUCAGAUCAGACACAGGCGGAGUUCUGUACCCCAGGGCCCUCAACCAGACCUUUACAGGGCUCUAUGUCAUGGAAAUCUGUCUGCUCGGUCUCUUCUUGCUCCAGUCGUCAUCUUGUUAUCCGCAGGCUAUAAUCAUGGUCAUCGCCCUGGCAUUCACGAUUCUCUACCAAAUAUUCUUGAACCUCGAGUUCGGCCCCCUACUGCGAUACCUCCCCAUCACGUUUGAAGACGAGGCCGUCUUGAGGGACCAGGCCUUCCAGAAAGCACAAGACCGACGUCUGGGGAUCAUCACUGAUGAUGACGAGACGACUACUCUUCGAAGCAUCAAGACAUACGAAGAUGAUAAGGAUAUCGAGAUGCAGGACCUCGAUGGGCCGACAGAACGGGCACCCGGCUCGCAGCUCCACCAGGACUCGGCAGCGAAAACCCAUCGCAAGAACUUGUCUUCCGGAGGAGGCAGCCUGCGGACGAAAUUCUACAACCCGGUAUCGACACUUAAGCACGCCGGCACCUGGGCGGUCCAGAGCGGGAACACCAUGCGCAACGCCACGCUGGGCAAGGCCGAGGAGAACCUCAAGACGGCAGCCGAGUACAGGCGGCAGCGGCGCGGCAAGGAGCUCGAGGCGCAGCGAGCCAUCGGCGAGGCGCUGUACGGCGGGUUCGCGGACGAAAUCGAGGACCUGACGCCCGAGGAGCGUAACCAGCUCGUCCAGAAGGCCUUCACGCACUCGGCCGUGCGCGCGCGGCGGCCCGUGGUCUGGAUCCCCCGCGACGACCUCGGCGUGUCGGACGACGAGGUGCGCCGCACCAACGACUACAGCGAGCACAUCUGGAUCAGCAACGAGGGCACGGCGCUCGACUCAAAGUGCCGCGCCGUCUACGGCCGCGCGCCGCCCGACUUCUCCGAGCUCGACCUCAUCCAGCUCUGAUUGAUGGUUUUUUUUUUUUACUUACCUCUUUCUUGUAUUUUGAUUCUUAUUGCGUUCCUGCAUAAGGCGACGGCGUUUUUCCUUUACCUUUUGGUUUGGCCACCACACCUUUUCGGUGGCACAUUCAAGGAGUUCCUGAUGAUAUGAUUUCUGGCGGCUUUGGAAAGAGCGCGCCAUCGGAUCACGACAAGACGCAUUGCAGACAGACAGAAGACAGCAUGGCAGGCAGGCAGGCCGUGCAUUGCAUUGCAUAUAUACAGAGCGUUGCAGAGAGUGCAUUUUCAUAGGCAUUAGAAAUGAGCUCAAGACGGGGGUCUGGUCAUAUGUGGAUGUUCCUCCCCCAAUUCAUCCUAUUUUUACCUACAACUUGUUUGUUCGUCGCAUCUCGCCCUCGCUAUCGUGAGUGACCUUGGUGGGUGUCAUUUGCUGGAGCACGGCUGGCUCACCGAGUGAGUUGCGGCACAGCUGGCUGGUUGCGUUACACGUUCACGUGGACAAGUUUGUGAAAUGAUAUGGACAUCUUUUGCUGCUCCCGUUCCUAUCUAUCUCUGUAGGGGCGGCAGAUACGUAAGACAAAGAGGAAAGAAACCAGGUAGAAUCGUAAGAACGUGCCGGACGGUUAGGUAGAAUUAGAAAAU